CGGUGCUGCCAACUCGAUGACGAACAGCUGACUUUCCAGCUUUGUGCCGCGUUGAGGUUAUAUACAUUGUAGCAAUUGGUUAUUUGGUUUUUAAAUUUAAAAAUAAAUAAAAUGUUGUUCCUUGCGGCAUAAUGAAUUCGAGUAAAUAGUAAAGGCAUAAGUUCCAGGAUACAACAGUCUUUCAAUCUGCAGCACUCACCAAAAUUAGCUGUUGCGUAAUUUAGAAUCACAUUUUCGUAAGCAAUUCAACGAGGAACCAAAACAACAGUGUGCCACAAGUUUUACGUUUGAUAUCAGAAGCAUACAAAGUAGGCACAUGGCCAAGUAUAUCGCCCAAAUCAUAGUACUGGGCGCCCAGGCGGUGGGGCGGGCUUUCACCAAGGCGCUUAGGCAGGAAAUUGCCGCCUCCCAGGAAGCCGCCCGGAGAGCUGGUGGCGGCAAACAGGGAGACAAAAGUGCUGAAUCCAAUCUGCGGACUGGUAUGACCCUCGAGGAGGCAAAGCAAAUCUUAAACAUAGAAGAUGUCAAGAACGUGGAGCGUAUUUCGAAAAACUACGAGCAUCUCUUCAACGUCAAUGAGCGGUCAAAGGGCGGCUCUUUCUACCUACAAUCGAAAGUCUUCCGCGCCAAGGAAAGACUUGACCAUGAGACUAAAGCCCAGCAGGCGCGGACAGCGAAAGAAGAAGCUCCUGCAGCGGAAGCAGCAGAGGAAACGUCGCGGAGCAGGGGGCGUCAGAGAAACUGACAACAACCUCUCACUGAAAUAGUUAGCUAAAAGUCGAUUUAAAUACUAUGUUUAAGUACAAAAACGAAAAUCUAUUGUAAAUAGAGGUUUACGAAGAAA